CGUCUUUCUGGGUAAACCUGUGCAAAUUUCUCUUGUGGUUACUAGAAAUGGCUACAGAAACUGCAGCCCCCUUGAGCCAAACUAGCCAGAUUGUGUUGGCAGUGGCAGGCACGAGCGUGGUGCUGUUUUUCGGCUACCUGGUCUACGGGCUUGUCAGCUGCCUUCGUAAUGCGGCGCGCCUUUUGACCGCCUCAAGCAACGGCAAAGGCCGGAGCAAGUCAACAAAGCAGCAGCAAGCCAAGGCAAAGGGAUCGGACACGGACGAGCCCCCGGCGGCUGCCCCCUCCAAGGAACGUGGGCCCGACCUGAAGACUCUCAUCAAGGCGGAAAAGAAUGCCUCCAAGAAGAAGGGUACGACGAAGGAGGACCUGAUGGCCACACACGAGCUGUGGGUCAACACACUCAAGGACCACGCCGAUACGGUUCACGGUCUGGCCUGGUCACGGGACGGGCAGUUGCUGGCUACCGCGUGCGAGGACAUGACACUGCGAAUAUUCGACAUGUCGGAUGUGUCGAGCAAGAACCCCAAGUUUAAGCGGGUGCGCACCGCCCGGAUCCCCCUGGGUGUUGGUUUCGGAGACUCCCCCGAUGCGGUGGCCGCCACACUGAGGGGCACUCCGGACGCCCUGGUGGCGCUCUACCAGCCCAUGGUGAAGCAGCCCGGGGAGGCGCCCACCUACGACGCCAAGUGGACGGUCGGUAAUGUGCACGGCAAGGAUACGGCGCUUGCAGGUGGUAUGGCGUCCGUACCCUCUGACGUGGCCGUGGGCCGGAGGGGUUACAUCGUGUCGCUGUCGGCGAAGAAGGAAGGCAAGGUGUACGACAUGCAGGGUCGCGAGUUGGCGGUGUUUGAGCCCAACGCCCUGGCCAACCACGACUUGGCGGUGUCCCCGGAUGGCCGCUUCAUCUCCGCCGCCACCUUCUCCUCGGACGUUAAGAUUUGGGAAAUGAAGUACACCAGGGAGGGCGAGUUCCGAGGUCUAAUCAAGGCCAUGGGCCUCACCGGACACCGCAGUCAGGUGGCGUGUGUGGCGCUGUCCUCGGACAACUGCCGGGCGGCCACCGCCAGUAAGGACGGAAUGCUCAAGGUCUGGAACAUUGACGUGCGUUACGAGCUGAGUGAAGACCCCAAGGUGGUGCUGUCGGUACCCAUGCCACUGGCCGAAGGUCGGGUAUAUCAGCACCUUGCAUUCGGACCCCCCGGUUCAGAUCUGCUGGCGGCGUCGUACGAGGGCACGGUCCACCUCAUUAACCUGAAGAAUGGGGAGCUGCUGGAGCGCAUCCUCGCGCACGAGGCCCACAUCACCGCCAUCCGCUGGUGCCCUCUGCCACGCAAGAUGGCGCCAGAGGCGGGCGGCGCGGUGGCGUUUGUGUUUGCGACCAGCAGUCGGGACAAGCGAGAGGCGGGUGGGGAGACCUCCCGGGACUGGAAGCUCCGAGACCACCAUGACAGAUGGGUGGUAUUGGAAAGGUGUUAA